AUGCGGAAUGAGAGCCAUACCGGUAAACUGAUCUGCCGCGUCAACUACUAUGAAGCCAUCUUUGACACCAUCUCAGACGACGACAUCCUCGCUGCACUUGCUGAGGUCGAUCAGGAUCAGGAUCCAAACACGACAAGUCAGUCUACCAUUGUGGUGGAUGUUAAUGAUAGCGAGGACGAAUCGAUCAUAGACGACAACGACGAUGACCUCGCUGCAUUCGCUGAGGUCGUUCAGGAUCAGGAUCCAAACACAACAAGUCAGUCUACCAUUGUGGUGGAUGAUUAUGAGGAUAGCAAUAGCGAGGAUGAGCCGCUCAUAAGGCGGCGCCCAGGUUGGAAAAGCGUUUCCAGUUCGGAGUCAAUCCAACUCGACGAUGAAAGCGAGGAUGAUCUGCAGAGGCCAUUAACACAAGUCAUAUCAACACAAAUCUCCUCUUCCAGUCAUGCAAGCACUUCAAGCACUUUUUUCUUGAACCGGCCCAUCUAA